CAAAUCAAUACAAAUCUCGUAGGGUUAUAUUUACAAAUAAAGAAAAUUAAGAAUGAGAUGAUAAAUAAUAAACUCAUUUUAUGCAUAUCGAAUCGGAAUUGUAAGUACUUCAACUCCGUUAAAGGAUUCCCUAUAAUUAUGGCGAAUAGCCGAAUAAUCAACAAGAACAAAAUUCACUUCCUACGAUGACAACUUCAAUUCUUUUAUUGGGUGAUUCUCUGACAGAAGGAUACAGUGGAUAUGGUACCGUUUAUCAUCCUUAUGGAAUCCAAUUUAGGAAAAGAUUCGAGGAAGCUGGAACAGAAGUUGAGGUAACAAUAGAAGGACAAUCAGGAGCUCGUGUUGUAAGUAAUUAUGAGAAUCGUCUUCGGAGAGCAAUAAGCAAACAAACUGAUAAAGGAAAAAAGUUUGAUUAUGUUGUCAUAUUAGGAGGUACAAAUGAUGUUUGUAAUAUGUUUGAUUCUAAUAAAAUAUUUAGCAAAUUAAAAGAACUUUAUGAUAUUUGUGAAAAUCAUGGUGCAAUCGUAUUUGCAUUAACUAUCAUGGAGAUGGAGUUCACUUAUAUUGAUGAACCCGAAAAAAGAAGGAAGGAAGUGAAUGAAUUGAUAAGAAAUUAUUCAGCGGAGAAUGAUAAAAUUAUAUUAUGUGAUUUAUCAAAAGAACUUCCUAUAAAUUCUAUUCCAAAAGAUCAAAAAGAAUUAUAUUGGGAUGAUGGUGUUCAUUUAACAGUUGAGGGUUAUGAUCAUAUGGGUGAUAUAAUUUUUGAAGCAUUAUAUAGUCAAAUCAAGAAAUAAUAAAUAUUGAUUCAUUUUAAGUGAAUAAUAUUUCAAGUUUAAAAACUUGUUUAAUUAAAUCUCAUGUGAGAAAA